GCGGCGGCGCGGCCGGGGCAGUGAGCCCGGGCAGCGGGGCGCGCUGCUGACACUGGUAGCGAGGCGCAGCGCGGCCAGAGGCGCACACGCUCCCAGCCACGCGAGCCCUCCGUGGCAGAGAGCAGCUCCAGACGCCAUCUACAGUUGAAACGUAGGCAACUCGGGACAUUAUUAUUAUUUUUUUUUUUUGCCUUGCAUUAAAGAGAGAGGGGACGAGCCAGUCCUGUGCGCAUCCAGUGGCUUUUUUUUCUUUUGGGGGGAGGGUUGAUCGCUUCGCCCCCGUGGAGCCGGCCGCCGCAUCGCUCCGGGGGGCCCGAGCCUCGGCAAGUAGUUACUUUGUUGCACUUGGCUCGAGCCGAGCCCCGAGAGGAAACAAAAGGACCCGCGGCUGCAUCCUGUGCCCCGGCUCGCCAGGGCUGCGGUCCCCGGCCCCCGCCCCCCGUGGUCGCCGCACAAAGGCUGGGCUUUGCCGUCGGACCGGAGCCGGCUCUCUCCAUCCUCAUGAACAUACAAAGGUCCACCCCUAUCUCCAUAGCGCGGUAUGGGCGACCUCGGAGUAAAACCCAGGAUUUAGAAGAGCUCUCGUCGCUGAGAUCCGUCGAGCCGAGCCAGAGCUUCAGCCCCAACCUCGGCUCCCCGAGCCCGCCAGAGACUCCCAACUUGUCGCAUUGCGUUUCUUGCAUCGGGAAAUACUUAUUGUUGGAGCCUCUGGAGGGAGACCACGUUUUCCGAGCCGUGCAUCUGCACAGCGGAGAGGAGCUGGUUUGCAAGGUGUUUGAUAUUGGCUGCUACCAGGAGUUACUGGCGCCAUGUUUUUGUCUACCUGCACACAAAAAUAUCAACCAAAUUACUGAAAUAAUUCUUGGGGAGACAAAAGCUUACGUGUUUUUUGAGAGGAGCUAUGGAGACAUGCACUCUUUUGUUCGCACCUGCAAGAAGCUUAAAGAAGAGGAAGCAGCCAAACUGUUCUAUCAGAUUGCUUCUGCUGUUGCACAUUGUCACGACGGAGGACUGGUAUUGAGAGACCUCAAACUGCGGAAAUUUAUCUUCAAGGAUGAAGACAGGACUAGAGUGAAAUUGGAAAGCCUGGAAGAUGCUUAUAUUUUAAGGGGAAAUGACGACUCUCUUUCUGAUAAGCAUGGAUGUCCGGCGUAUGUGAGUCCAGAGAUCUUGAAUACGAACGGCAGCUAUUCUGGCAAGGCAGCAGACGUAUGGAGUCUAGGAGUCAUGCUUUACACAAUGUUAGUUGGACGCUAUCCUUUCCAUGACAUUGAGCCUAGUUCUCUCUUCAGCAAGAUUCGUCGUGGGCAGUUUAACAUUCCAGAGACUCUAUCCCCCAAGGCAAAAUGCCUUAUACGUAGCAUACUGCGUCGAGAGCCAUCAGAAAGGCUGACUUCACAAGAAAUUCUGGACCAUCCUUGGUUUUCUACAGAUUUUAAUGUAUCUAAUUCAGGAUACGGUGCUAAGGAAGUAUCGGAUCAGCUGGUGCCUGAUGUCAACAUGGAAGAAGAUUUGGACCCAUUUUUUAACUGAGCACAAAGACUGGUGUUCAGAAGGUACAUGACCUAGAGAUGGACACAUGAAGGAGUCCUUCCUGACCAUGUUAAAUCACAUCCUGCAUCAGCCUAGCUUGGUAGCAAAAGACACUUGGAGUUCCUUGGUUUGAGAAGGAAUCUCCACCAGGAGCUAAUAUAACAAAUGUAGCAUGGGGGCAGACUAGGGGGAGGGGGCCUUGCUAUCAGGUUAGAUUGAUUUGGAGGGCGGGGCGGGGGGGGGGUGGUAAAGGCAGCAUGGAGCAAUUGUAGCUUCCCACCUUUUGGAGCCAAGGAGACUGCACAUGCCAAUUCCAGUGCAGCUGUGUCACUCCUGUUUCUGUUCCAUUUUAAAAUAGUUGCAAUUCACAACAAGUAGAAACUUUUUGCCUCAAAACACAUCUUGGCAUCGCACUGUUAGAUAUUUAACUUCAGCCAUUAUUCAGGGAAAGUACAAUUGGCUAUUUUUUUAAUUGGAUGCCUAAUAGCUAAUGGGAUUCAUUUAAGAAAAAAAAUUAAGUGCACAUAGAUGGACAUGAAAAGUGGGUGCUAAAAACAAAUACAAAUUCAGUUCAUGUCUCUUGAUAGCUAUUUUCAAUGCGUAUUUCUUCUAAAUAAACUACUUAAUAUUCUUGUCAGGAAAUGACAUUUUAAUGCUUUGUUCCCUUAAGGGGAAGUAACUGUCAUUUAACAAGCUGUUCUGUUUUGUGUCAAAUGGUUUGUUGCAGGAAGCUAUUAUAAUACAAACUUCCAGAUGCAUUAUUGCUAUAAUAGAAAAAGAAGAAAAACUUUUUUUUUAAUUUUUAUUUUUUUUUUAAAGGAUUUGAAAUACUGGCUUCCAUGUUUGCCAUGCUGCACAACUAUGUCUAUAGAGGGCAGAAAGCCCCUGGAUGAUUUUUUGAUCUCAGAACCAAUCUCCUUGUUAACUGACUGGCCCGUUGUAUAGAUAGAAGGCUCUGUUAUUGAAGACGAGCAUUGCAUUUUUUUUCUUUUGAAUUCCUCUCAUCUUAGAAAGGCAAUUGUUUGUGUUUUUUUUUGUUUUGUUUUUAUGCCCUGGAUAAAGAGUAAAAGGGUAUUAAUAAGCUGAACGUUAUAAUACAGAUACUUCUCCCGAAAUAUACACAGUAAUAUGCACCUUUUUGUAUUGUCAAGACUUAUUCUAUUUAUUGAAGAAAAUGUCACAGUAGUGAUGUAUUAAGCCAGUACUUCAAUUACGGGUUGACUUGGGAUGACAUGUUACAUGCUGUAGUUAACACACUUCUUUUCUGUUCAGGUAUUUCUGUCCCUGAAUAACUUUUUAUUUAGCUUUUUUUUUUUCCUAGAUAGCUUUAUUUGAUUUAGACUGGCAAAUGUUUUUAUUACUGCUUUUAUAUUGCUGUAUGAUAUUGAAAUCUCUUGGCAUAAAUAUUUGUGUUUCCAGUACCUCAGUUGUUCUGAUAUUACUGCCUGUAUACGUUUUGUGAAGUGGUCAUGUUUUUUGGUAGGUACAUGUGGACUUCGUAGUAUGUAAAUGUUACUUGAAUUUGUGCUUAAUUAUAGUAUGUGGCAUGUGCGUACAGCUACUUGGCAUUUGACGUAUGGAUGCUAUUUGCCUGUCCUGCAGGAAAGUUUAUGAUCCCACUUUCAAGAGGAUGUUUCACAGUUCUUUAUCAAGAGACAAAGCUAGCUGCAGCUGACCUGCCUUGGUUCUAUUUUGGUAACUAAGAAUAUAAAGGAGUAAUGUUUUUACACUCUGAAGAUGGUGCUGUGUCAAGAAGGACUUUUUUUUUUUAAUUUUUAUUUUAUGAGUACCUUGUAGGAGGAAAGAUUGGUGAUGUGCAUGGUGGGGUUUUACAGCCUCUGGUGCUUUGUCAUGUAUUUGGUUUAAUGUUUUUUGUCCUAAUCUCUUCAAUAAAUAAAAUUGUGCAUAUUUAACUAAA